GCUGUGGGUGGAACGUGAAGAGCGCUCCCUCCUGUUACUUGAAAAGUCAGUUCAGACACUCACGCACUGCAAGCGGUGUGUGCCAAGUGUGAAGAAGCUUUUUUUUUUCCAUGAUUUGUUUUUUAGGAAUACUGACGGAAAGACGUUUUCUGUGGAUUCCUGUGAGGUUUCCCGCUUUUGUCCGAAGGACGUACAAGGAGAGUCGGACUUCUCGACCGGUUUCACCGCCCGCUCAUCAGCACCUGCUUCUCUUCUCAAAUUCAAAGUCGUCAGGAUCUGCUCCAUCGCCGUUUAGCCCACGUCGAGCUGCUUUUUGCGAGGCACCAGGGAAUUCCAGACGUUUGGAGACGUACACGCAGGGAGGUGCACGGCGCACUUGAACUGAACCAGAGCGGCUCGGAGCAGAAGAGAGAAACUCCAGAGGUGACUGUCCGUCUCCCAACCCACAGAAGACUCCAGACGAGGAAAAAGUUGGAAUGGAGGUCAAUGGCUUCUUCAAUCUUGUGCAGCCGACAAGUUCUUUUUCUGGUCUCAGUCUGCCCAAAGUUGAAGACUGACAACUGAGAAGACACUUGAUCAACUCAAGUCCAGUCAAUUUUAGAGCUUCAGGUUUUUGACUACUCAUUGUCCAAUGUUCAGCAACAAUAAUUUGCAUUUCCAUUGAACUGUACUUAAAAGAAGAAGAAGAGAGAAGACUCCCAAGAGGGGAACAUUUCCUUCGGGUCUAUCUUGAGUAGAAAGGGGGCUCCAGAUUUGGGGAAAGUUGGGGUGGAGACCAAAAGGAAGAAACUGAACAUUCCCUUCAUGGUCCAGCUUGUAGAAGAACUCUGAGGAGGAUCUGGACUUGAGAAGUUUGGAGAGAGAGAGAGAGAGAAAGAACGUGACCAUCACUUCCAAAGUUUAGGGGACUCGAGAAGGAUCCAGACGAGGGAAGACAAGGAGUGGAAGAGGACAUCAUCUUCAGUGCACAGCUCGUGAGGAAACUUGCCAAGAGGAUCAGGACUAGAGAAAAAAGGAGCGAGUGAAAAAUCAUCUCCAGCAUUUGAAGAGUUUUGGGAGCCUGCAGAUAGGAGGUGAAAGUCUCCAGAAAGAAGCCAAGGCAGGAUGGUGACGUGUCCGACCCAAAGAGGCAGCCGACAACGUGGCGUCCGCCAGCUCCCGCCCAGGAACAUGCUCCUGUUUCUGGUCCUGCUCCUGCCGCUAGCCCAGCAGGCCCAGACGGCAGUGCACUCCAGCUUCCGGCGUCUGAGCGGCCGCGAGAAGAAAGAGAUGCAAAAGGAGAUCUUGUCCAUCCUGGGCCUGCCGGGCCGACCCAGGCCUCACCCGCCGCUUAGGCCGCCUUCGUCGGCGCCGCUUUUCAUGCUGGACCUCUACCACGCCAUGGCGGUGGACGGCGAGGACAACCCGGCCUCCGCCAACGAGGUCAUCAGGCCCGGCGUGCAUCGGAGGAGGGCGGCCGUCCACCACCCGGCGCUGCCUACCCUCAGCACGCACACGCCACCGCUCGGCACCGUCGUCAGCGAGGCCGACACUGUCAUGAGCUUCGUCAACUUGGUGGAGCAGGAGCGGGACCUGCUGCAGCCACGUCCCUACUGGAAGGAGUUUCGCUUCGACCUGACCCCCUUGCCCCAGGGUGAGACCGUGACGGCAGCAGAGUUUCGCAUCUACAAGGCGCUGACGCUGGGCCAGCGGGCCAACAGAACCCUGCACAUCUCCGUAUACGAGAUUCAGAAGGACAACAGACACAGGGACCCCGAGCUGGUGCUGCUGGAUAUGCAGUCCGUGCCGGCAGGCCAAGAAGGCUGGUUGGCCUUCGACGUCACCUCGGCGUCCAACCACUGGCUUCUGCACCCCCGCAGCAACCUGGGAAUCCGCCUCUACGUGGAGACCGAGGAGGAUCGCUCGCUGUCUGCCGCCUGGAUCGGGCUGGUGGGCCGGAGGGGUCCUCGCUCCAAGCAGCCCUUCAUGGUGACCUUCUUCCGGGAGAGCCAGAUCCCCUGCCGGCCCCCCCGCGCGGUCAAGACGCACCCCCGCAGGAAGAAGCCCAAAUAUGACCUCCCCGUACCCAGCAUCCAUAAUCGAAGUCCGGUCAACAGUGGCGGUCAGCCAUGUAAAAAACACGAACUCUAUGUUAGCUUCAGCGACCUCGGAUGGAAGGACUGGGUUCUGGCACCCACAGGCUACUCGGCGUACUACUGCGAUGGCGAGUGUUUUUACCCCCUUGGUGCCUGCAUGAAUGCCACCAACCACGCCCUCAUCCAGCAAGUGGUGCAUCUGCUGAAGCCCGACGAGGUGCCAAAGGCGUGUUGCGCGCCCACCAAGCUGAGCCCCAUCUCCGUGCUCUUCUACGACGACAACAACAACGUCAUACUCAAGAAGCAUCGGAACAUGGUGGUUAAGAACUGCGGCUGCCUAUGAAAUGCCGCCAAGAUGUCAUCAGCGGCAACCAAAACCAGAGGAGAGUUGACUUUGACUUUUAUUACAAGAUACACACACAAAACUAUUACUUUUUUUGGUCACACAUCUUUUCUAUAGUAAAUAGUCCUUCCAAAAAAUGAAAUAAAACAAUGUUGUACAUGUUUUGUGCUUGUCACUAAAAGUUAGCGGUCCAAAUUAAUGAACAAUAUAUUCUGUAAGUUAUUGUCACAUGUAUAUUUGUUUAAAAAAAAAAAGGCCAGAGGUACGGUGGGUAAGCGCCUGAUAUUUAGUGGGUUGUUCUUUUUUUUUUACUUCUCUGCGUAGCUUGCAUCACUCAGGAAAGAUGACAGAAGAAAAAGUGAAAUAUAUGAACUUGUCAUUCAUCCUUUGUGUAAUCGGAAUUUGAACUUUAACAGUACUUAUAUGGAUCCUAUCAUUGUGAGUGCUGACCAUAUUAUCCGCAGAUAGGCAAAGUUGCUUGCACAUGCGCCAGAUUUCAUCCUGUUAUCCGGAAGUGUAGCUGUCUCUGUGUGGUCUGACUUUAACCCCUCCCAAGAAGAGAACAGGGGUAUAAAAUGGCUCCACAAUAACAACCUGGGAUGAAGUCCGGCGAAUGUGCAAGCGACUUUGCCUAUCUGCAUAUAACAGCACUCACAAUGCUACAAACAGUUCGAAGAUACAUCUGAGCACUUUUAAAUGUCAAAUUCCCGUUAUGUCUGACAGUUUGCCAGUAUGUUGCUUGUAUACAAUAAAUAUGUUUUUCCAACAA